AUGUGGGAUCAAGGAGGACAACCUUGGCAGCAGUGGCCUUUGAACCAACAACAAUGGAUGCAGUCAUUCCAGCACCAGCAGGAUCCAAGCCAGAUUGACUGGGCUGCAUUGGCUCAAGCUUGGAUUGCCCAAAGAGAAGCUUCAGGACAGCAAAGCAUAGUAGAACAACCACCAGGAAUGAUGCCAAAUGGACAGGAUAUGUCUACAAUGGAGUCUGGUCCAAAUAAUCAUGGGAAUUUCCAAGGGGAUUCAAACUUUAACAGAAUGUGGCAACCAGAAUGGGGAAUGCAUCAGCAGCCCCCACACCCCCCUCCAGAUCAGCCAUGGAUGCCACCAACACCAGGCCCAAUGGACAUUGUUCCUCCUUCUGAAGACAGCAACAGUCAGGACAGUGGGGAAUUUGCCCCUGACAACAGGCAUAUAUUUAACCAGAACAAUCACAACUUUGGUGGACCACCCGAUAAUUUUGCAGUGGGGCCAGUGAACCAGUUUGACUAUCAGCAUGGGGCUGCUUUUGGUCCACCGCAAGGUGGAUUUCAUCCUCCUUAUUGGCAACCAGGACCUCCAGGACCUCCGGCACCUCCCCAGAAUCGAAGAGAAAGACCGUCAUCAUUCAGGGAUCGGCAGCGCUCACCUAUUGCACUUCCUGUGAAGCAGGAGCCGCCACAAAUUGAUGCAGUGAAACGCAGGACUCUUCCAGCUUGGAUUCGAGAAGGUCUUGAAAAAAUGGAACGUGAAAAGCAGAAGAAGUUGGAGAAAGAAAGAAUGGAGCAACAACGUUCACAAUUGUCCAAAAAAGAAAAGAAGGCCACAGAUGAUGCUGAAGGAGGAGACGGCCCUCGUUUACCUCAGAGAAGUAAAUUUGAUAGUGAUGAGGAAGAUGAAGACACUGAAAACGUUGAGGCUGCAAGCAGUGGAAAAGUCACCAGAAGUCCAUCUCCAGUUCCUCAAGAAGAGCAAAGUGAACCAGAGAUGACUGAAGAAGAGAAAGAGUAUCAAAUGAUGUUGCUGACAAAAAUGCUUCUGACUGAAAUUCUCCUGGAUGUCACAGAUGAAGAAAUUUAUUACAUAGCCAAAGACGCACACCGGAAGGCGACGAAAGCUCCUGCAAAACAGCUGGCACAGUCCAGUGCACUGGCCUCCCUCACUGGACUCGGUGGACUGGGUGGUUAUGGAUCAGGAGACAGUGAAGAUGAGAGGAGCAACCGAGGUUCUGAGUCAUCUGACACUGAUGAUGAGGAAUUACGGCAUCGAAUCCGGCAAAAACAGGAAGCUUUUUGGAGAAAAGAAAAAGAACAACAGCUGUUACAUGAUAAACAGAUGGAAGAAGAAAAGCAGCAAUCAGAAAGGGUUACAAAAGAGAUGAAUGAAUUUAUCCAUAAAGAGCAAAAUAGUUUAUCACUACUAGAAGCAAGAGAAGCAGAUGGUGAUGUGGUUAAUGAAAAGAAAAGAACUCCAAGUGAAACGACGUCAGUUUUAGAACCAAAAAGAGAGCAUAAAGAAAAAGAGAAGCAAGGAAGGAGUAGAUCAGGAAGUUCUAGUAGUGGUAGUUCCAGUAGCAAUAGCCGAAGCAGCAGUACUAGCAGUUCUGUCUCUAGCUCUUCAUACAGUUCUAGCUCAGGUAGCAGUCGCACUUCUUCCCGGUCGUCUUCUCCUAAAAGAAAAAAGAGACACAGUAGGAGUAGAUCUCCAACAAUUAAAGCUAGGCGUAGUAGGAGUAGAAGUUACUCUCGCAGAAUUAAAAUAGAGAGCAAUAGGGCUAGAGUAAAGAUUAGAGAUAGGAGGAGAUCUAAUAGAAAUAGCAUUGAAAGAGAAAGACGAAGAAAUCGAAGUCCUUCCCGAGAGAGACGUAGAAGUAGAAGUCGCUCAAGGGAUAGGCGAACCAAUCGGUCCAGUCGUAGUAGGAGUCGAGAUAGACGUAAAGUUGAUGAUCAACGUGGAAGUCUUGGUGGAGGCAGUCAUAAGCAUAAGGGUGAGGUUAAAGAACAAGAGAGGAGAAAGGAGAGGAGUGGAAGUGUAGACAAAGAUAGGAGAAAGAAAGACAAAGAAAGGGAACGUGAACAGGAUAAAAGAAAAGAGAAACAAAAAAGGGAAGAAAAGGACUUUAAGUUCAGUAGUCAGGACGAUAGGUUAAAAAGGAAACGAGAAAGUGAAAGAACGUUCUCUAGGAGUGGUUCUAUAUCUGUUAAAAUCAUAAGACAUGAUUCUAGACAGGAUAGUAAGAAAAGCACUACCAAAGAUAGUAAAAAACAUUCAGGCUCUGAUUCUAGUGGAAGGAGCAGUUCUGAAUCUCCAGGAAGUAGCAAAGAAAAGAAGGUUAAGAAGCCUAAACAUAGUCGAUCGCGAUCCAUGGAGAAAUCUCAAAGGUCUGGUAAGAAGGCAAGCCGCAAACACAAGUCUAAGUCCCGAUCAAGAUCAACGACCCCUCCCCGUCGUAAACGCUGA